AUGAAGACUCUCAAGGAGGCAAAAAUUCCACAAAGCAAGGUCAUCCAUCAUCCUAUACUGAUGAAGGGUUUUGAAGGAAGCCAGAGUCACACAUAUGGAUAUGUUUAUGUGGAUCUCAAGGUAGGACCGAUUCAAUAUACUGUCAAAUUCCACGUGAUUGAGAAAGAUCCGGACUAUCACAUAAUACUCGGAGGACCAUGGCUCCAUGACAACAAGGCCGUUCCCUCGACGUACCACCAAUGUAUGAAAGCCUUGCUCAACAACAAAAUCGUCCGCAUUGAAGCUUCGAUAUCUCCUUAUGCUCCAGUUUAUGAUGUUGAUUUUCUGGCACCCCCAAGAAUUCCUGAGCCUCCAGCUACAUACAAAGAGAUAAUCAAUUUACCUGCAACAACAACAACUUCUUCAACAUCGUUACUUUCUCUACACCCAACUCUAUCUAGAGCUCAAUCUCUUCUUCUCCAAAUGGCUUCUCUUACUUCUAAACUCUUUGAAGUUUCCCCAAAUCUAGCAUCAUGGUUCACGUCUUUUCGUGGUUCAGUUCCCAGUUUCUUAGCUUCUCAAACCCUAACCCUACCUCCACUUGAAACUUCUCCUACUUCUCCUAAGGAAAUCAUCUCCCUAUUCACCUGUCUUCAAACUCAACUCUUUGAAUCACUUGCUGAGCUUCAAGAAAUUCUUCAUCUUCAGGAGGCUAAACAGAAAAUUACUUUAGAGAUUAAAACAAAGGAUGCUGCAAUUCUUGCUUUCGGGAAAAAACUUAAAGAAGCUGAACAUGUUCUUGAUCUUUUAGUUGAUGAUUACUCUGAUUAUCAUCGACCUAAAAGAUCGAAAACCGAAGGUCACCGCAAUUCUGAUGAUACUGAAAUGUCUUGUAUUCCUACUUCAUUGAAAUUGAAUGAUAUAUUAUCAUAUGCUCAUCAUAUUAGUUAUACAACAUUCGCACCACCUGAAUUUGGGGCGGGGAAAGCUCCGCUUAGAGGAGCUCUUCCUCCUGCCCUACAAGAAGAACAAAUGCGUGCAUCGCAGUUGUAUAAUUUCGCUGAUCUUGAUAUUGGAUUACCUAAGAUCCAAAUAAAUGAGAAGAAUAAACUUGGCGAUUUAGCAGCGGUUGAAGGUUUAGUGCCACCACAGCUUACAGUUCCAUCAGGUGAGCGCCCUGGAAUGAUGCCAGUGGAGCUGCCAACCGAUUUUCAAGUAAUGCAACCAGAUGUACUGAAACUAGGGAAUCCUGUUCCAUUGCCCGCAUUGGAUGAUUUUGUUCGGGGUAAAGUUGAGGCGCAACAACCACAUUCACUGCCGGUUCAGAGUCUCGAGCCAAGACAAGUUCCGUUUGUACAACUUGAUAUCGACCAGGGUGAUAGCAGCAGUGAAUAUAGUAGCGAGGGAAGUUCCGAGGAAGAUUAA